AUGGCUCGGAUACUGAUUACAGGUUCCUCUGAUGGUCUCGGCUCGUUGACCGCUCGCGCGUUGGUCAAGCGAGGCCAUUCAGUCGUUCUCCAUGCGAGAAACGACCAGCGUGCUCAGGAUGCUCGAACGGCCUGCCCCGAUGCCGAAACCUGCCUCGUUGCGGACCUCUCCGAUCUAUCUGAGACCAAGAAAUUUGCGGAGGAUGUGAAUAAGAUAGGCUCUUUCGAUGCCGUGAUACACAACGCGGGCUUGUACCGUGGCCCCUACCGCAAGACGAAGGAAGGUUGGCCCAGCAUCUUCGCCGUCAAUACAGUUGCCCCGUACGUGCUUACAUGUCUAAUCCACCCAACCCCAAAACGUCUUGUCUUUGUCUCCUCGGGCCUUCAUCACGGUGGCGACUCUUCGCUGGAAGACCUGGCUUGGACCGCACGCGGCGAACAAGGGUCUCGAGACUCGCAGGCAUAUGCGGACACCAAGCUGCACAAUAUCCUACUGGCCUCUGCAUUCGCGAGGAAGUGGCCGACCGUCAAGAGCAAUUCUUUGGAUCCUGGUUGGGUGCCGACCAAAAUGGGAGGCAGGUCGGCUUCAGGUGAUAUCGACGCUGCCGUUGAUACAUAUGUCCUGCUUGCCGAAGGGAAGGGUCCGGCCGAAGAUGUCUCCGGCAAAUACUGGUAUCAAUCUCGGCUUCGGUCACCCAUGAAAGAGGCGAAUGAUGUGGCUAUCCAGGAUAAGUUGGUCAAACAGCUGGAGGAGAUUGACGGUAUCAAGGCGCCAGAUGUUUAG